ACAUGCAAUAAACGAAGCUUUCCUCAAGUUCGACUACACCUUUGAAAUAAGCCAUAUCCCCGGUUUGUUCUCACAUCUUCAAGAUUACAGCUGGGCCGGUAAUGAUUCACUAGAAAAUGUCGAGAACAACUCCGAACGUUAUCGUCACCGGCACGCCGGGUGUGGGUAAGACGACACAUUGCGAAGAGCUCGCGAAGCGGACGGGCCUGAAACACCUUUCGGUCAACCAAGUCGUCAAGGACCGUGAGUGUCACGAGGGUUGGGACGAGGAGUUUCAGAGCUGGAUAGUCGACGAAGACAAGUUGCUCGACGCCAUCGAGGGAGAUGUGCAAGGUGGAGGCUACAUCAUCGACUGGCAUGCAUGUGACCUGUUUCCCAAGAGCUGGAUCGACCUUGUCGUAGUCCUGCGGGUGGACUCGACGACGCUCUACGACCGUCUUUCGGCCAGAAAGUAUCCCGAGGCCAAACUUCAGGAAAACCUAGACUCGGAAAUCAUGGAGGUUUUGCUCCAGGAGGCGCGUGAGGCUUUCGACGAGGAAGUUGUUGUUGAGUUGACGAGCAACACAUCGGAUGAGAUGGAAAGCAAUCUCUCGAGAAUCGAGGCGUGGCUUGAGCAGUGGAAGAAGGACCACUCGUCAUAGGGAAGGGACCAAAAGGGAUGAUUGAAGUACGUCACAGAACUAGAACCCAGCAAGCUAUGUCAACCUGUGCCAACCCGUCAAUCAAAUCAACCCAGAAGAGGAACUUGGUUCAGGCUCUUACGUCGAAGCGAAACUUAGAGACUCCUGUGUGGCGCAUUAUUUACGUUGCAUAUAUGUAUCUAUU